CGAGAACGAGUCGUUCCCUCAGGUGAGUUUGGAGAAAGGGAAUGUCGAGAGGCGCUGCUUAUUUAUAUGCUUUUUAAUGUUAGUUGCAUUUCCUCCAGGGGGCUGAGGGCAUCGUACCCCGUUCUCUCCUCGCCACCCCCACCCCCCGUUUUAGGCUGCAAUCCUAACAACGUCUCCUUGAAUUCAGUGGGGCUUACUCCCAGACAAGCGCGGUUAGGAUCGCAGCCUGAGUCUCACGAACAACAGCCCUGUGAGGUAGGCCAGACUGAGAGAGAGAGGGAUCGGGCCAAGAUAAUGGUUACCUGGGGAUCUGAUCCAUCCUCGGAUCAAACACGCCCUGACAUGCAUAUAUACAUACAUAUACAUAUAUACAUAUAUACAUGUACACAUGGCGUGGCUGCCGAAAGGCGUAAUAAAGACUGGGAGGGCUAUAUUGUCACUUAUCAACAAUUUUAUUAUUUAUACGCCGCCCAUCUGGCUGGGUUUCUCUUACAGCACAUUAAAAAAAUGGUAAAACAUUAGACAUUAAAACAUUCCCGAUCCAGGGCUGCCUUCAGAUGUCUUUUAAAAGUCAGAUAGCUGUUUAUUUCCUUGAUAUCUGAAGGGAAGGCGUUGCACAAGGCCUCUGUCUGGUUCCUCUCUUCUCCUGCAGGAGUGAAGAGGCUUUAAGGAGAGUGGCACUUUUACCUGUAAUCCUCAACCCGUCUUCCUAAGAGUAAGCCCCUCUGAAUUCAGUGGGAAUUACUUCUGAGUUAACAUGGUUUGCACCCUUCGUUGGCUGAUUUGCAAGGCAAUGUUCCCAUGUUGAAAAGAUAAUUCAACCACAGUCAGUCCAUCUUGCCCCCAAAUGACAACUAGACAUCCUUUUGGUGCCCAGUUUAUAUUUCUGAGUUUCUAACACUGCCACACAUUCUAGAAAAUAUGGGGGUUAGAAUUCCCUUUAGUUGCACAAAUGUGGCAUGUCAGCUUUUGUCCAUUCUCUGGAGUACCAUGCUUCAAUGUUCAAGCCUGAUAUGUACAUUCAUCAGGUAUGUAUUUUUCUAAAGUUUGUAUGUCUUUAAUGAGCUGGAUAUUAUCCUAGUAAUGGAGUUAUUGGAAUGGACUGGAAAGAUUGAAUGGAAAGAUUUAAAAGAGAGCAGCCAAAAAUUCCUGAUCGUUCAGCAGAUUACAUGGAGAGGUCCUUCAGUCCCAUCACUCUCCUUCUCCUAUACACACCUGCCAUUUCAGAGAUUGCGUAGCCUGUGUUUGGUCCUGAAUUGGCAUUUUCUGUAGUAAAGUAGAGUAGUAAGUCAUUGUGCAUUGAAUCCACUUUUGUCCCUGUGCUGGUAACCUGCAGGUUGUAUUUCUGCAGUGUGCUGUAUGUGGGGCUGCCUUUGAGGUUGGCCCAGAAGCUGCAGCUAGUGCAGAAUGCAGUGUCUGAACUGCUCACUGGGGCCAACUGUCAUCAUUGUGCUAUACUGCUGUUGAAAGAAUUGCACUGGCUGCCAAUUAGUUACCAAGCUAAGUUUGAGCCGUUGGUUCUAGUAUACAAAGUGGUAUACAGUUUGGGACCAGGAUACCUAAAAGAUCAGCUCACCCCUUAUAUAUCCAAUAGAUUACUGUGCUCUACAGGAUAUAAACUCAUCAGGAGGUCCAUUCCAUACAAUAUAGGAAUUGGGCCUUUAGUGUGCUAGUACAGUACAUACCCUUUGGGACUCCCUCCAGACAGGCACUGUCUCUAUUGUCUUUUCAGUCCCUACUGAAGACCUUCCUUUUUCAACAGGUAAGUGGAAACCUUUAUGCCACUGUGUUGGAUCUUGUCCUUACAUAUGGAAUUGCUUUUAGUUGUAAAUAUGGAGUUGUUUUUUCAUAUGGAAUUGUUUUUGUUGUUGAUGUUCUUACUGAAAGUAAAAUAUCCUUUCAAAUAUUUUAUGCGAAGUGAUUCAUACACGGAAUCAAGGAAAUAAACAAACAAAAUCUGGCCCUACACAGAUUUCUGAAAUGAUGUUUGAAAGCAAUAACAGUCCCAUGUUUUCCUUGUUUGCAUACAGAAUGUGAUGGUUCCCAAGACUGAAAUGGAUCCCAUGCAGAAGAACACUCACAUCCUUGUUGGUGUUACUGGAAGUGUGGCUGCUUUAAAGUUGCCUAUUCUUGUAUCAGAGCUUCUAAAGAUACCUGGGGUGAGUAGUUGUUACCUGGGCUGAUGUGAGUAAAUUGCUGGCUUUUGUAUUUACAAAGUGGGAAUGGUCAUUGCUUCUUUUUCUUUGUGUCUUUUUGCAUUGGGCACAAACUGACGUAAUAAUUAGGCAAAGAGUUUCUCAAGGCACUAUGUAAAAGAACAUAACAUGCCACAGCAAAAAUAUAUUUCCUAUAUCUCUAGGCUACCUUUAUCCAAUUCAUCUACCUAUUGUUCUUGAUUAGUGCCUGUAACAUGUCUAAAAUUGUUUGGAAGUGCUCUGUAGAGUUUAAAAGAUAAAGAUACUGUAGUCCCCUACCUGCAGACUCACUAACAUGACACAAAAUAAAUUGUGAAGGAGGAGGAAAGCAAGCAAAUUCAGCCACCAGUAACCUCAGCAGGAUUCUCUGAUCUGGAUUGGUGACCUUCCUUUUAAGUACACAUGCAAAGCAGUCCUUAGACCACAAGCUCUUUUACCCUGACUUUUGAAACUUUAGGUGUAUAUCUUAGGACCCACUUGAUUUUCUGUGAUCGUAAGUUGUUUUAAACUGUUUUUAAUGUUGUGUUUUUGGGACACGGGUGGCGCUGUGGAUUAAACCGCAGAGCCUAGGACUUGCCGAUCAGAAGGUUGGCGGUUCGAACCCCCGCGACGGGGUGAGCUCUGCGACGGCUUACUUGUUCCCUGCUCUUGCCAACCUAGCAGUUCGAAAGCACGUCAAAGUGCAAGUAGCAGUGGAGUGUCUCUUCCCGCUCUGGCGGGAAGGUAAACAGCGUUUCCGUGCGCUGCUCUGGUUCGCCAGAAGUGGCUUAGUCAUGCUGGUCACAUGACCCGGAAGCUGUACGCCGGCUCCCUCGGCCAGUAAAGCAAGAUGAGCGCCGCAACCCCAGAGUUGUCCAUGACUGGACCUAAUGGUCAGGGGUCCCUUUACCUUUACUUUUUUAAUGUUGUGUUUUAAUUGUUGUAACCAGCCCUGGGACCUCAGGGUGAAGGGCAGGUAAUUAAUAAUAAUGGCAGAGGCCAGAGAUCAUAUCCCAGUGACAAAACAGGGCCUCCGAUGUUGAUCAGAAAGCACAGGAUAAAGCAAACCUUAAGGCAGGGGUCAGCAAACUUUUUCAACAGGGGGCCAGUUCACUGUCCCUCAGACCUUGUGGGGGGCCGGACUGUAUUUUGAAAAAAUAAAUAAAUGAACAAAUUCCUUUGCCCCACAAAUAACCCAGAGAUGCAUUUUAAAUAAAAGGACACAUUCUACUCAUGUAAAAACACCAGGCAGGCCCCACAAAUAACCCAGAGGUGCAUUUUAAAUAAAAGGAGACAUUCUACUCAUGUAAAAACAAGCUGAUUCCCGGACCGUCUGUGGGCCGGAUUUAGAAGGCAAUUGGGCCAGAUCCGCCCCCCAGGCCUUAGUUUGCCUACCCAUGCCUUAAGGUAUCCAGAUCCCAGGAUUUUCUGUCAAGUUACACCUCAUGCAGUUCAGGUUUAGGAAGGCUACUCUGAAUAGAGUUGGGAGGUUUCAUGGGAACAGACAUGCUUGCAGCUAUAUCAUCCCUUGAGCUGUUGUAUGUAGUAAUGCCUCCGACCGGUAGAUGUCACUGUUAGCCAAGGCUGAGUGGGUUUAAUAAGUUGUGUUUCCCCCCCUCUUUAGGCUCAGGUUACAGCCCUGGCUUUUGCAGUAACCUGUGAACCUAUUUAUGCCCAUCUAAGAUGAUUUGCGUUUCAUUUGAAUGGAUGCUAGACUGCAUCUUUUGGAAGAGGUGUGCUGUACUUCAUCUGAGAAAUUUCAUUGCUCUCCUGGUGCCUUUGUUGUAAUAUAACUUUCAAGAAUCCUUUGCUAAUUGCAAUUACUAGAGAUGCCUGAAUUUAUGGCUGACAACUGUAGCUCAUGAGAGGGACUUGGUUCAUGAGUUACUACUCCAAAUAUUUGCUUGAAAUACAACCCUCAACUAGCACACACACAAAAAAGUCUGAUGGCACCUUAAGCACUAUAAAAAAUGUAUUGUUUGCCUAGGAAGCUGGCUUACCCCAGGCCAAGCAAUUUGUGUCCCUUGUGUCUCCAGGAUCUCAUGCAGAGAAAGUGUUUCCCACCAUUUCCUAACUGAUCCUUUCACCAGGCAAUGAUGGGGAAUGAACCUGAGACCUUCUUCAUGUAAGACAAGCUAUGGUCCUUCCAUUGAGGUGUGACCUAUCUUUCCUCCAGGGCCUUAAGAACAUAAGAUGACCCUGCUGGAUCAGGCUAAUGGCCAGCCUAGUCCCCUAUCCUGUUCUCACUGUCAGCACCCAGAGGCUCGUGGAAAAUCUGCAAGCUAGGCAAGAAAGCCAUUGUUCCUAGUGGCAGCGGGUAGCCUUGUUCUUUCCUUCAUGCGUGUGUCUUUUCUUUUAAAAGCCUUGUUUAUUAACUGAACACAGGACACUUUGCAUCCAACAGGAAAAUUGUGCCGUUAAACGCAGAGGUGUGCAGGAUUCCAGCUUGGAGCUGAUGUAAAAAUCGGGGUUUGGCGUUUGCUGCCCAACUCCCCAUGGGACUCGGAGUCCCCUAAGUCCAUGAUCGGUCAGAGAAAAAUAGAUGGAGGCAGGAUCCAGUGGAAAGCAAGGCAGAUAUUUAUUUUUCUGUUGCAACAGAGUUCCCUCUCCUCCUUCCAAGGAGGGAGAGACCCUGAACAAAAGUAUGCAAGAACCUUUAAAGGCUUUUGACAUUGCCCAACCCCCUUAGCCACAGACCAACCUAAAAUCAUCAUACAUACAUCAUAGGAGGCAUCUACAGCAGAAAUAGCAGGGAUAGGGGGCUUGUUGGUUUUUGAAUGUCUGAUGUAGAUUUUGUUGUUCUGUAUGGGACAAUGACAAUAAAGAAUAUCUUAUUUAAAUCCUGUCUGCCAGGAUACUUGAUAAUGUUCGCUGGGCAGCCUGGCCAUUCUUUUGUGAUGGAUACUUUAGUUCCUGAAUCCAGGUCACAGGCUCACCCUAUUCAUACACAAAUAUGCCCUUAAGACAGGAUUUGUAAGUGAAAAGACAAUGGGAAGGCAGUCCCCAUUUGCCCCCAUUUGCAGAGGAAUAUUUGAGGUCAUUGGGAGAGUCAAAAUGGCUUCAGGAUUGCUCUCCUGUACUGUUUCAGACACAUUGUUUAUAUAUUUAGAUAUGUGUGCAUUUAUGCAUAUUUUUGUUAUUUUUGAGAACUUAGAACUCUUAUAACAGUGCAAAAGACAUACAUUUAAAAUUGAAGAUUUCUGACGCUUAGGAACGGUGUCUGAGAGCCAGAAUUGAAUGGCACUCAGUGGUCUUCCACACAAAAACUUAUUUGUGGUUGCCCCUUGUAGCAGACCCACCACCUAAUACCACCAAUUAAUAAUGCAGCGGAUCUGCUCCCGCUAACUUCCCCCAAUUAAAUAUAGUGCACCCACCUCAUGGUACACCAAUUGCACAAAUUUAUACAAUUUACCACAGAUUAUCUAGUGGGAGACUUGUGUGAGGGAAAACUUAAUUUAAAAAAGUAGUAAAAGCUCAGAGUCUGGGACAUCUGCCCAGGGACACCAGUGAAAUCCUUUGUGGCAUUGUGAACCCCUGCUCUUAAAAAUACUUUCACAAGAAGGUAUAAUAGUUAGCUUGUUAGUUAAUACAUGGAAACCAUGUUUCACUAAAAGCUCCCAUCCCCCCAUUUAAUAUGGCAACAAAAGAUCAAACCUAUCCAUUCUUAAGGAAAUCAGCCCUGAGUGCUCACUGGAAGGACAGAUUGUGAAGCUGAGGCUCCAAGACUUUGGCCACCUCAUGAGAAGAGAAGACUCCCUGGAAAAGACCCUGAUGUUGGGAAAGAUGGAGGGCACAAGGAGAAGGGGACGACAGAGGACAAGAUGGUUGGACAGUGUUCUCAAAGCUACAAACAUGAGUUUGACCAAACUGCGGGAGGCAGUGGAAGACAGGAGUGCCUGGUGAGCUCUGGUCCAUGGGGUCACGAAGAGUCGGACACGACUAAACAACAACAACAGUACUUAUAAAACAGCAGGUGGCAAGCAUUAUCUUAGAAGAGGCAUUCAUUCCUGUAAGAGUGAGAAUGGGGAAUAGCUAUUCUGAGAUGGUACCUCCUAAUACACCUGUGUGCAUCAUCUCAAACUCCCUCUUCCCUCACCUCCCAGAUAAUACACCAGAAGACACAUAAAGGUAAUUUCCUAGAUAAAUAAGAAGGGUUUUUUUGUUUGAGAAGGAAGCAGGAGAGAGAUCUUUCUAAAUGAAGCCCUUUUUCUGCUUAUGCUAGCAUAAAACAUCCUUAGCCAACUUGGUUCCCUCCAAACAUUUUGGACCACAAUUCCCAUCAGCCCCCGUCACCGUGUGCUGGUUGGAACUGAUGGGAGUUGUACAGUGGUACUUCGGGUUACAGACGCUUCAGGUUACAGACUCUGCUAACCCAGAAAUAGUACCUCAGGUUAAGAACUUUGCUUCAGGAUGAGAACAGAAACGGUGCAGCGGUGGCAGGAGGUCCCAUUAGCUAAAGCGAUGCUUCAGGUUAAGAACAGUUUCAGGUUAAGAACGGACCUCCAGAAAGAAUUAAGUUCUUAACCCGAGGUACCACUGUAGUCUGAAAUAAUCUGGACAGUGUCGGGUUGGCAAAGACUAGCAUAAACGUUUGCAGUUAAAAACCAAUGGGAAAACCAAAUACAUUGUCAGUUGAUUCAAGAUGGCUCCUGUUGAGCUAUGAUUCCAGUGGCUGCUUAAUUUGUUACCUGCUAGGAAGCGUUCCUGUGCAGAACUGCCUGCAGAGACUGGGGAUAAAUUUUCAUGCAUACAAAAUAUACCUCAAGAAAUGCCUUAAUCCAGGGAUUAGAACCUGCAACCCUCCUGAAGUUGUUGAAUUCCAACUGUUGUCAGCUCCAGCCUGCCUGACCAAUGGCCUGGGAUGAUGGGAGUUGUAGUCCAAUUAUACCUGGAGUGACACAGUUUUUUCACCCCUGCCUUAAUGUGCCAUCAGACUUCUUGAUUUGCAAUCCGGGGGUGCCCCCCUCUCUCUCCACAAUAUAAAGACUAUUUGUAUAUAGGAUUGCAGUCUAAGAAAGUCCACCUGGUUCUUACGAUUCUGGCGUACUGGGAAGAAAAAAGGCUUCCUUCAUCCAGAGUUUAUUCUGAACCAGAAUGUUGCUCAUCAACAGUUAUGAUUACAUUCCAGCUUGGAUAGCAGAACUGAGCCUCCCUCGACCUUGAUGCUGGAAUGCAAGGGAGGCUGAUUAAUGGCUUGAAUUGGCCCUGUUCCGCCAUUAAAUAAUGGACUAGGAUGAACAACAACAGCAAUGUUGUACAUUCUCUUUGGUCAGCAGCAGCUGGGAAAUCUUCAUGGCUUUGGCCUCGAAUGUUUCCCUGAUAAGACACCUAUAAUGUGCCGGUCUCCCUGCUUUAAGCAAACAAAGGGAAACUUGUCCAAUUCAGUUUCCCCCCAGCCCUGUGGUCUCCAGAUACUGUUGCGUAACAACAACUAUCAUUCCUGGCCAUUGAUCUUGCUGUCUGGGGUUGGUGGGGGUUCUAGUCCAGCAGCGCCCAAAGGGCCGGAGGGUGGAGAAGGCUGGUCUAAAUGAUGUUGCAAAAUUGUCAUAGCCUGGCAAUUGAGCUGUAGAUGUUGGACUACAACUCUCAUCAUCCCUGAUCGUUGGCUGUGCUAGCUGGGGCUGAUGGGAGUUGGAGUCCAGCCACAGCCUCCCCAAUUCAGAUCUAUACAGAAAUGAAUUUUAAUUGGGAAAGUGACUUAUGGGAGGGUUGAGAAAGAUAGACAAAGGGAAGUAUAGAAAAGGAGAAGUCAUUUAUUCCCCAGAUCUCACUUUGUUUUUAAGGCAGUUGUGGGGAGGGUCUUUUCUGGACUCCAGUUUUUUGCCAUUUCUCUUACAGAGGAGAAAGGGGCUUCAUGUUUUGAUUUCCCCUCUUGCUUAUUAUACAUGCCCCGGGUAAUGUUUACACUGGAGUAGUUCUUGGAAAACUUCUGUUUUCUAGGACUGAAUGUUUUUUUUCUUUUUUCUCUCCAAUCCUUAUUGUUUCCUUUUUGGCAUUCCAUUUCCUUCUGAUUCUUUGGAAUGAGACCUCUUUUCAGAUUUUUACUAGUUUUCACCAGAGGACCACUUCUGUGUUUCACUACUUCUUACCUGAGACCCACAUGAAUCUUUCUCCUUCUUCUUCAGGUCUGCUCUUGAUUGGUAGCUAUGCAUUUCAUUUGAUAUUUACGUUAAAAUGGCGGGCUGUUAGAACAACUAGGAAUUUAUAGUGAGAUGCUAUACAUGCAUACUCAGACAAAUAAGUCUCAUUCAGCUUAUUGGGACUUACUCCCAGGUAACCGUGGGAGCCUUAGAAAGAUUCUGUACCAGUAUAGGAGGUGGCAAUGAAGGAUGGCGGUAUUCAACUUGUUGCUGUUUUUGGAAAGUAUACUGUGCCUUCCUUUCCCUCAAUUCCCUGUUCUUUCUGCAUUAUGCAAUCCUAUGCAUUCAUAGUUGUAUAUAUUAGUCAUAUUCACCUUAUGCUUUAGUACAGUGUAGUCUUUCAUAUGCUUCUCUUUCAUCUUUCAUGGACAUAUUAUUCUUUUGUGCUCGUUUCUAUCAUGGUCACAAGCUUGUACGUAUUUGCCAUUUGUCUACAGGGGGAACCUCAGCCCAGGGGCCAAAUCCUGCCCUCUAGACAUCUCUGUUGGGCUUCUAGGACUCUCCCUACCAAACACUUUCCUCAGCCACCUUCCUUUCUGGCCUUGCUUUUUACCCUCCUUGAGUCCUCGAACUCUGUUCACGCUUCUUGCUUGUCUGGGUGUUAGAUGGAAUAUGUUGAGACUAGCCUACCGUACAAAGAUAAAGCCAAUCUGUUGCACAAAGGUAACACUCACACUUGUUUCUGUGCCUAUUUUCACCUCUGGCCUUCCUCGCUACUGGCACGUGGCCCCCAGAAGGUAUGAAAAUGGUUCUCUAAACCUGGCCUGCUGUGAUUUCAAUCCGCCUUGGAACCAAGUCCACAGAAGCAAUUUAACCUGCAGAGAAAUGUUCUCGCCUGCUGGGGACUGUCUGAAGAGGCAUGGAGAAUGCCAUCCCUUAGUCAGUAGCCCUUUGCAGUUCUUUGCUGUGCACAGAGGGAGGUGCUGCUCCAUUGCUCCUCCUUCAGCCUGCUCCCUCACCUGAAUGCCAGUUCCUUUUCACCUACCUAGUCACCUGUCAGGUGAGUGCUUAAUUGCAAGGCUGAUGGGAAUUAACUUUUCAGGUGUGUUUUGCUUGGAAUCUGGUUCUGUGGCCCUAUCUGACUGCACCUCCACUAGCUCGUUGUUGUUGUUUAGUCGUGUCCAACUCUUCAUGACCCCAUGGACCAGAGCACGCCAGGCACUCCUGUCUUCCACUGCCUCCCGCAGUUUGGUCAGACUCAUGCUGGUAGCUUCGAGAACACUAUCCAACCAUCUCGUCCCCUUCUCCUUGUGCCCUCCAUCUUUCCCAACAUCAGAAUCUUUUCCAGGGAGUCUUCUCUUCCCAUGAGGUGGCCAAAGUAUUGGAGCCUCAGCUUCAGGAUCUGUCCUUCCAGUGAGCACUCAGGGCUGAUUUCCUUCAGAAUGGAUAGGUUUGAUCUUCUUGCAGUCCAUGGGACUCUCAAGAGUCUCCUCCAGCACCAUAAUUCAAAAGCAUCAAUUCUUCCACUAGCUCAGUGGAGUACAAAUAAAAGUUAAGCUUCAAAAGAUUUAAACUCUUUAUCUCAAAUGGCUUAUUUUCUUUCCUUCUCCUCUGUGCUCCCCCCCUUUCUUCUUUCCAGGUGGAAGUGCGGGUGGUGACUACUGAGAAUGCAAAGCACUUCUAUAACCCCCAGGAGGUCCCUGUGACCCUCUACAGCGAUUCUGAUGAAUGGCAGGUUGGUGUUCAGUGCCACUUAACUUUUCAGUUAGGAACAUAGAAAGCUGUCCUAUACUGAGUCAGACCACUGGUCUCCAUUCAACUUAGUAUUCCCUACUCUGAACGGCAGCAGCUCUGCAAGAUUUCAAGCAGGGUUCUCUCCCAGUCUUACCUGGAGAUGUUAGCAUGUGUAGGGCAGAGCACAUUCUCUAUAGCACCUCUCCCAAGUCAGCAUCCUUUUUAAAAAAUGAAGCAUACUGGGUUUUUUUAAGAGUGUGGAGGGAAGUAGAGAAAACAAGACUGUCAAUUCAUUCCUGCCCACCCCCAAAAGGCUGCUCAGAAGCUCCUUGCCACACUUCAUGCCAGCCUUUGCAGGGCUGCGAGUGUCCUGCCUGCACACCUUUGCUCUUGUAAAGAGCAAAGUGUUGCUUGCGUCUUCAGGUGUUCAAGCCUCGCAUGAUGAGGGAGAGAGAGGAGAGGAGCCCAUUGCCUCUACGCUCUUGAUUGCAUCCCUUUCUCAGGUUUAAGCACCUUCCCAUAUUGAAAGGGCAUCCCUUUGCAGCCUGCAACCCUUUCAGUGUGUGGAGAUUCCCUGCAUGAUUGAGGACCCUGGAAGUUCGGAGUUGCAAAUCACCUGAGAAUCCUCUACCUUGUGUUGCAAAGAAACUAAAUGUAGGGCAGUCUCCUUACAUUUAGCCCUCCAACUCUUGGAGGGUGACAGGGUCAGCGAUGGAGGGGUUGGAGCUAGCGUGCUGCCUCCCUCAUGCGAUUCUUUGCAUGCUGCAGGUCUGAACUUCCGGAUAGAGCUUUGGCUGAAAGGGGAUCUGGCUUGCACCCCAAUUCCCAUUUAUGUAGACAGUGUUCUGCAAAAGGAUAAUAACUUUCUCAGGUUGCAGAAUUCACCUUUGGAAUUUGCUUUCCUUUGGGGCAGGUAGCAGAGUGUCCUGCAUUGCACAUCUGGUAUUAUUUGAAUUGCAAGUAUGGUCUAAUUGUACCAUGUCAACUUUACAGAGCACAGGAUUUUCUACAUGAUAGAGGUCUCUCUCUCUCUCUCUCUCUCUCUCUCUCUCUCUCUGUGUGUGUGUGUGUGUGUGAGAGAGAGAGAGAGAGAGAGGGAGGAAGGGUGUCUUGUCUCUGUUCUGCAUUUUUCUUUUUUCUUUUUUUUUAAAUUUCAUCUUGAUUGAAAGUUAAAAAGUACAGUGGUACCUCGGGUUAAGUACUUAAUUCGUUCCGGAGGUCUGUACUUAACCUGAAACUGUUCUUAACCUGAAGCACUACUUUAUCUAAUGGGGCCUCCCGCUGCCGCUGCGCCGCCGGAGCACAAUUUCUGUUCUCAACCUGAAGCAAAGUUCUUAACUUGAAGCACAAUUUCUGGGUUAGCAGAGUCUGUUACCUGAAGCGUAUGUAACCUGAAGCGUAUAUAACCCGAGGUACCACUGUACCUAAUUAUAUGUGCACUAAACGUGGUGGGACAUAAAUAAAAGAGAGAAAAAGAAAAAGAGAAACAGCGCCCAUGUAGAAGGGAAAGUAAAGUGGGGGGGAGGGGGAACCCCCCCCCCAAACUGUAUACUUUACAAAGUUGUUAUUGUACUUCACCAGAUCUUAACCUAUUACAAUAUUUGUAAGAAUGGAUUCCAAAUAUCAUUGAAUUUGUCCAUGGCAAGUCUGCAUUUAUAUGCAAGUUGUUCACACGUUGCGAGUUUGUAUAAGUCUUCAAUCAUACUGUAGAAGAGAGCUGCAUUUUUAUUUUUCCAAUUCAUCAGUAUCAGUCCUUUUGUUGUAAUAAGGGCACAGAGAGUCCACUCGUAUUGUCCUUUUGUCUCUGUUCUGCAUUUUUCUAAGGUGAGAAUUUCCCUUGCCCCUAAACAUUCCACAUAACCUUCAGAUAUCUUGCAAGAUGCAGUGGGGCUUAGUGUCUGUUAGUGUGUUGUGCAUAUAAUGUAAUUAAACAUACCAGGUGAUUUCACUGAUUUGAGGGUAUUUUCUGCAGCUGUGGAAAAAGCGUGAGGAUCCUGUGCUACAUAUUGACCUGAGGCGCUGGGCUGACCUUUUGCUGGUGGCUCCUCUGGACGCAAACACCCUGGCCAAAAUGGCCAGUGGCCUCUGCGACAACUUACUGGUGAGUUUCUGCAAGCUUCGUCUGAUGCUUCAAGCAGAUGUCCCCAUCACUGAUGCCUGCCUGUAUCUUCCAAGCUUCUGUUUAUCUGUCCAUUUGCUUGAGGCUCGGGUUUACACUUUCUUGUAUUGAACUGGAAAUCCUAGAAUGUGUUGCAAAGAAACUAAAUAAUUUGCUUCAGAUUCAUACCUCCAUGCCCUUGUUCUUUGCCUGUGUGCCCAUUUCAUCAUUUUUGGGUGGAAUACAGCUACUUAAUUUCCUUUAAUGCAAAUAAUAUUUUAUUAAAUUUAUAUUCCGCCCUUCCCAGAGGUGCUCAGGAUGGUAAACAACAAGAGAUAAAACAGCAAAAACAUAUUGAAAAACAUUUCCGAUACAGGUGCAGACUGGGAAAGAUCUCAACUUAAAAGGCUUGUUGAAAGAGGAAAGUAUUCUGUAGGCACUGGAGAGGCAAUAGAUAUGGUGCCUUUUUAAGGGGAGGGUAUUCCAAAGGGACGCGGGUGGCGCUAUGGGUUAAACCACAGAGCCUAGGACUUGCCGAUCAGAAGGUUGGCGGUUCAAAUCCCCGUGACGGGGUGAGCUCCCGUUGCUCGGUCCCUGCUCCUGCCAACCUAGCGGUUCAAAAGCACGUCAAAGUGCAAGUAGAUAAAUAGGUACCGCUCUGGCGGGAAGGUAAACGGCGUUUCCGUGCACUGCUCUGGUUCGCCAGAAGCGGCUUAGUCAUGUUGGCCACAUGACCCGGAAGCUGUACACCGGCUCCCUUGGCCAAUAAAGUGAGAUGAGCACCGCAACCCCAGAGUCGGCCACAACUGGACCUAAUGGUCAGGGGUCCCUUUACUUUUUUAUUCCAAAGGGAAGGGGCCACCAUAGUAUAGGCCCAGUUCCUACAUUGUGUAGAAAGCACUUCCUGAUUAGAUGGAAUCUGCAGGAGACCCUCAGCUACAGAGAACAGCGAUCAAUUGGGUAUAUAUGGGGUGAGACGAUCUUUCGGGUACUAAUGAUUACAUGAUGAUUAUGAGUAGUGUUCAGCUAAGUUUGACUCCAAGUAGAUCCACUGAAAUGAAUGAACGUUGCUAAGUUAGAGCCAUUAAUUUCAGUAGGUCUAGUGUAGUUGAAUUCCAUCCUGUGAGUUUAAUACCAUGUUUCUAGGCAAUACUUCCAAGUUCUUGUUUUGACCCUUAAAAGCCCCAAGCCUGCCUUCCCCAACCAGGUGCCCUCCAGAUGUUUUGGUCUUCAACUCCCAUCAGUACCAGCCAGCACAGUACCUGCAUCAGUACCUGCCUGCACUUUGGUUGUAUCCAGCAUUCGUCAUCCUCUGGGUAGACACGUUGAAAUUAAUGGGCAUGGCUAAUGUAGCACCAUUAUUUUCAGUGGGUCUACUCUGAGUCACACUAAGAUGAAGACGACUCUGGGGUGGGGGCUAUUCAGGACAGGGCCUUUUCUGUGGUGACACCCAAUCUCUGGGACUGCCAUGUCCCAGGUGCCUACAUUUGUUGGCUUUUAGACGCCAGUCGAAAACUUUGCUUUAUUUUCCCAAGCUUUUCAGUGAGAUAUGUCCCAGCUAAGCUCUGUUACUUCCAUCUUGGCUGCAUUCAGAUACUCAACUCACCUUUCAUAUUUCAUUCUUGUUUCGCUGUUUCUCCCCCCCCCCCCCCCCCAAUUAUGAAUUGUUUUAAGCUAUUCUCAUGGGCCAAUUUAUUAAUAUGGUGUUCAUCGCUUUGGGGGUCUUUGGGCCCCGAAGCCCCAGCGAACAGUAGCAUGACUCAUCUGUGGUCGGUUCUAGUUUGUCAGCUGAGGAAUGGGAUGGGCCAUUCCUUUCCUUGCUUGCAUUUUUGCAGAUGCACUACCCAUGUGGCAAGAGAGGCUGUCCAAUGCUUUGCCUGCCUUUGCAGACAUGCGUCAUCCGCGCCUGGGAUCUGAGCAAGCCGCUGCUUUUCUGCCCUGCCAUGAACACCGCCAUGUGGGAGCACCCCAUCACUGCUCAGCAGGUGGAUCAGCUCAAGAGCUUUGGCUACGUGGAGAUUCCUUGCAUCGUGAAGAAACUCAUCUGUGGAGACGAAGGUUGGUAGAUAGCCAGCACACUUUCCCUUCGUCCUUCCUUCCCUUUAAAUGAAAUUAUGGGCAUGGCAGGAGGUACGCAACCCUGCCUCUGUGGGCUGGUUCCCAUGCUGCUUUUCAGAGAUGCUGCUGGGCUCCUUUGAGUCACUCCAGGAACAUCCAGAAAUUGCUACACAUUCUUUUGAAGAAAGCUUCCAAUAUUUACAGUGCAAUCUUAUAUGCAUAUACCUCUGAGUAAUUCCCCUUGAAGAAGAUGUCUAAAAUCGCACUGUCAGUCACUGGAGUAAGACGGUUGGAGCAUAUUAAACCUAUCCUGGUCCGAUUGCACUGGCUACCAAUUAAGUUUCCGGGUCCAAUUCAAAGUGCUGGUUUUGACCUGUAAAGCCUUAAACGGCUCAGGGCUGCAAUUUCUCAAGGACUGCCUCUUUCCAUAUGAACCUACACAGACCCUGAAAUCAUCUUCUGAGGCCCUUCUUCGUGUGCCGCCUCUUUGAGUGGGCCAGAGGAUGGCAACAUGAGAACGGGGCCUUCUCUGCAGUGGCUCCCUGUCUGUGGAAUGCUCUGCCCAAGGAAGUUCGCCUGGUGCCUUUAUUAUACACCAUUAGGUGCCAGGCAAAACCUUUCCUUUUUAACCAGGCCUUUGGUUGAUUUGAUCCUAUGCCCUUUUAAAAUGUGGGGUUUUUUUUGGUGGGGGCGUGUUAUUGGGUUGUUGUUUUUAUUUUGAUUGUAUAUGUUGCGAUCUUUUCUGUGAACCGCCCUGAGACCUCCAGGUAUAGGGCGGUAUAUAAGCUCAGUUAAUCAUCACCAUCAUCACCACCAUCAGUUUGAUUAUCUGAUUAAUAAUUUCAAAGGUGGUCCUUCAGUUGUUGUUGGACGCCCCUGGCUCCCAUCAUCCUUGAUGAUUAGCCAUGUUGGCUGGGGUUGAUGGGAGUUGGAGUUCAGCAACAUCUCGAGGGCCGUGGUUGCCCAUCCCUGGUCAAAAGGAAGGUGUAUUCAGCCUUGGAGAUCAGAGCUGGAGGAGAGAACCAUUUCUCCCUGUGGAGGAGCUGGCCUCACCCUGCUUCUGUCCUCGCUUUACAGGUCGUGGCGCCAUGGCAGAAGUGCCAACCAUUGUGGCGAAAGUAAAGGCGAUCCUGUCAGAGCGGGGCCUGUCGGCACACAGCUGAUCCCCAGGAACAGACAGCAUUUCUUUCUCCUUCUGGGACUAUGAAGGUAGAAAGAGCAGGGAGGGAAAGUGAAGACCACAAAAACUGGAUCCAGUCCUUACUGGCAGCUCUGUCUCUGCAUGGUUGGAAACCCCCUGCACUUGAACUUGAGAGUUUUGAUGGGGGGGGGGAUCCUCUGUAAUUCCUUUCGUGCAACCCCAAUGCUUGUUCCAGCUUGAAGAGGGAGUUGUAAACUCACAAUAUGCCGGGCAGUUUUAUUGGUGUGGCAUUUACCUUGCGGACAAGAGAGGGUGUUCAUAAAAAGUCAGGAAAGCAGCUGUAGUAGAGGUUCAUAACGGUUUCUUAGGUGUAGCCUUUGUACCAGGGAUUUCACAGGAUUAGAAUGGGAGCUGUUUCACAACUUUCCUGGCGCUUGGCUUCCAUCAGUAAGUCUGCUUAGGGGCCCUAUGACUUUAGCUUUUGCUGCUCCCCAUGCCCUCUGACACUCAGGAAUGCUGACAUCAAAGACACAAGGAAACAGAGCCUCUGCAGGAGAGGUCUUGUCAGGCUUCGCUACCGCUGUGUAGUGCUUUCGGCACCUUGAUUUGGGGCUGGGGUGGGCGAUGGCCUGGGAAUUUCUUUGCUGAGAAACGGGCUAAACAAACAUUCACAAUUGAUUAACAGCUUUGUUACACAAGAGUUGGAGUGGUGCAGUCCGGGAUUGGAUGGUGGGAGGAGAUCCACUCCAGGCCCGUCUCUAUCCCUUUGAUCCCUGCCGGUGGGCCAGUGUCAGGUGGGGACGGUGGACUGGCCUGCCUGGUCAGUGGCCUGUCACAUAAACACAGCAGAGUUUGCUCUCGUGUCCUUAGAGUGCAUUUAAAACCAAAGCAGGUUCUACACAAACACGGGCGCCUGGUACAAAACGUACAUGAAGGGCAAACUUUGAACUGCUACGCACAAGAGAAACAUUGGAUCCUUGUCAGUUUCCUACAGAUAAAAAGCUCUUUGUAGUUUUCCCACCUUGCCUUCCAGCUUGUCGCAGGGACACUACUUCCUGCGUGGGGAUGGAGGACUGGGGUUAAGGGCAUGAGAUUCACCAUAGGUCAUCAUCUCUCGGAGACGGAGCACAAACUUUGCGCCCAGAAAGAGCCUCUGGUUUCUCAAGUCGGCAGCUUGGCAGGGCAGGGUUAGCCUAGAGAGAGCCAUGACCAAUUGGAGUUAGAUGGAACAAUGGCCGCAGGAGGCUGAUUUCUUGCCUUCAAUCUUUGGUUCUCAGACUGCAGGGAUGGCAUAGCUGAAGAUGGCAGGGAAUUCCAGGGAGAAUGGAUUCUUUGCCCUGAAGCAUACAGUGUCUUUUCCCUCCACCGGCCAAGACCUGGGUGGCUUGAACCCCUGACUGAGGACCCUCACUGAUCCACACUGAACUUGUGGGGGCAAAAGUAUCACCAUUGCCCUGUCACCCCACCCAGCUGCUCUUGGAAGAGCUGCUGCUUUGCCUUAACUAGGAGAGAACAAAAGAUGCCCUGGUAUACAGUGGUACCUCGGGUUACAGACGCUUCAGGUUACAGACGCUUCAGGUUAAACUCCACUAACCCAGAAAUAGUACCUCGGGUUAAGAACUUUGCUUCAGGAUGAGAACAAAUCGUGUGGCGGCAGUGGGAGGCCCCAUUAGCUAAAGUGGUACCUAAGGUUAAGAACAGUUCCAGGUUAAGAACAGACCUCCAGAACGAAUUAAGUUCUUAACCUGAGGUACCACUGUAUUCUAAAUUUGCUGCUGGAUUAAUUCCCCAGUUCACUGCAGCAAUUGAGAAGCUGACCCAUAGACACAACUUUCUUUGCCUAUACUUGGGUUGAAGUAGCUUCGGGAUGAAUAUUUUUGGGUUUCGCUCUGCGGCGACCCGGAAGUAACGGAGCACGUUACUUCUGGGUUUCGCCGCAUGCGCAGGUGCUCAAAAUGACGUCACGCGCAGUCGCCUGUUAUGUUCGCUUCAGGAUGCGAACGGGGCUACAGAACGGAUCCUGUUCGCAUCCAGAGGUACCACUGUACAGGCCAUAUAUUUCUUUGUGCUUUUGGGGACAAAACCGUUGGAUGGAGUCUCCCCCUGGAAGACAACCUCUGAUUUUGACUGGAGCGAUGGCAUGGCAAGGGAUGAUCAACCCCCCCCCCCCAUCUCUGCUAUCAGCUCCAUUGAGCCAACCCAGUGCCUGCAUUGUGUCCAUAUUCUACCCCAACCACCAAAGUGGUGCUAGUAGCUUGGGGAGUAAGACAGUUUUGAUCAGGAAAUGGGAGAAAAGACCAGACACAUUUCCUAUUAUUUCAGUAGGUAGAGUAAGUAGUUUGCAUACAAAGAGUCCCUGUUUCUAAUUCCUGGCACCUUCAAUGAAAGGGAUCUUGGACAAAAAGUGUGAUGGGAAAGUCCUGUCUCCUGGGGAGACUCUGCCUAUCAAGGUAGAUGGACGAAUAGUCUCACCUGGUAUAAAACAAUUCCUCUCUCCCUAUGUACAUGCGUGUUUUGCUUUCAAGCCAAACCAACCGUGGAUUUUCCGUGCCAGAAUUGGCUGGACCAACGGUGUUUCCAGAAGUGCUGCUGCCUCCUGUUUAUCUAACGUGAGCCGUCGAAGAGGGUUUUUAUAGGCAUUGUGCAAUGGCUGCCGUCCAAAGCUCAGGGCCAGGGGAAGGCGGUGCUUUCUGACAAUUUGCAUGCGCAACAUCGAUGUUUGCAAACUGGCCUUGCAGACUGGCGACCAGCUGUAUUUAUAAAUAUUGACAGAAGCUUGCUUGCCUCACUAUGCCCAGCAAGGCCAAGCAGAUAAAAGUCCUGGGAGACGCCUCUGCUUUGCAUGUUGCAUGGCAGUGCAGACACAGCAUGCAGCUGUGCACUUUUGCUCGGGUUUCGUCACUGGGGGAUUCUGUGCCCCGUCGUGUCUGCCCUUCCACCACCGACGGUGGAGGCCUGGCAACCCCCAAAAACAAAUUUUGCCCAGUGCACACAAAAAAUUGCCACAUCUGCAAAACUCCCAAGUUAACCUCUGAGAUUGCUCUUUAAUGCGAUUGCUCUUCUAAAUUUUCCAUGGAAGUGUCCGCCACUCGUAUCUGUUGUAUGAGUUGAAUCGUUCAAAAGUGCAAUCCUGCACAUGUUUGCUCAGAAAUAAGCCCCUCUGGGCAUCAUUGGGGCUUACUCUCAUGUAAGUGUGCAUUGGGCUGCAAUCUCUAGUUCAGGCAUAGGCAAACUCGGCCCUCCAGAUGUUUUGGGACUACAACUCCCACCAUCCCUAGCUAACAGGACCAGUGGUCAGGGAUGAUGGGAAUUGUAGUCUCAAAACAUCUGGAGGGCCGAGUUUGCCUAUGACUGCUCUAGUUGCUCUCUUCUCUUUCCAAGAGAGGCUCUUGUACAAGACCCAUUUAGAUGAAGUGUUUCGGUCUUGAUAAACCUGUUCCAGGCUAACCCCACUAAGCAGGUGGGUGUGACUCCAGGUACAUUCUGUUUGGCUGACAACCCAGCAACUCGGAGACGAAAAUGUUGCAAGAUAUUGCUGUAGAACAGACAGAACAGGUAGUUUAGAGUUCCUUAAUUGAAUUGCUUCUUAGCAAAGGAUGGGAUAGAAAUACUCCCCUAUUGUACUUUUCACCAUCAUAAACAAAAGGGGCAGAGGCUUUCUUUUUUAUUUUCAAUGAAAGCUGAACAUUCAGGGAAAGGUCCUGGUAUGUCCUUAAGGUUCUCAGGCCUCCACUGGCUGCUUUGGCUUUGCCACCCAAACAGUCUACAGUGGUACCUCGGGUUAUAUACGCUUCAGGUUACAGACUCCGCUAACCCAGAAAUAGUACCUCGGGUUAAGAACUUUGCUUCAGGAUGAGAACAGAAAUCGUGUGGCGGCGUCACGGUGGCAGUGGGAGGCCCCAUUGGCUAAAGUGGUAUCUCAGGUUAAGAACAGUUUCAGGUUAAGAACGGACCUCCAGAACGAAUUAAGUACUUAACCCGAGGUACCACUGUACAGUGGUCUGUUGGACUGGUUGCCUGCUAAGGGUAUAACAUGCUGUAAAUUUUAAUUCCUUUUCCCACAACCUUUCCCAUGCACUCAAUUCUAUAUUAUGUCCUAUGUCUCUCACCUAGUUAAGCUGACUUAACCAUCUCGUCCUUUGUCUCCCACUCCAACAAUAAUUUAUACAUCCUGGAAAUUAACUUUCCUGACGAUUCUAUAAGGUCCCUUUCAAAUUGUGAACUUUGUAUCACAAACCCAUUUUUCUUGUCAACUUUAAACAAGGUUAAAGGAGUGGAUAAUGUUGAAGAAUGCAUACAUUUUAGAUCUUGAAGGACACAAUAUAAAAUUUGGCUGGCAUGCAUGUCUAUGGUAUUAUAAAGCUGAAAUAUAUAAGAGCUUCUUGAAUCAUGUAGUCAGGAAGAAUUUGUUUAGAGUAUGGGAUGAAUACAAAAACCUGCUUGAAAGGAGAACAUGGUGCUCACCCGCGGAAGCAGAAUCCUUGAGAAUAUCGCCAAUGGAUAACAUAUAGAGAUUUACUGGACUUUUCACAAUAAGAGAUCAGAUUGAAGAAGCUGGAAGAUGUUAGUAAUGUGGUAACGGACUGCUUACAAUAUUAUCAAGUCAAUGAAAUUUAUUAUUUGCCUUUUAUUUGUAAGCUGCCUUGACCAUAUUUUAUAUUGAAAGAAGGGAUGAAAAAAAUAAUAAAUUUAAAUGAGUGGAACUAAAAAUUGACUGGUGUUCUAAAUAAAUAUUAGAGUCUUUCUCAUGCUGUGAUUGCCCGGGGCAGGGUUAUGAUGGUUAAUAUGUUAUGGAAGCUCCUGAUAAUUAAGGAAGUGAUUAAUUUUAUUAUUAUUAUUGCACUAUUAUCACUGGAGAAGAUGAUGUAUCUGUCAAGGUAUGUGGACUUCACAUUUGGUACGUGGUAAUGAAUAGCUGGCCGCAUCUCCCCCCGGGCCGGGGUUGACCUUUAUGUAUAUAGAAAAAAGCCGAGUUUUAAUUAAUGCAUUGCCAGGCCUCCUGUCCUGCUUUGCUAAGGACAAAUUAAGUCUUUGAACAGAGCUUGGGAGUCUGUCUUUUAUGUUGUGAGAACGCAGUACUGAGUCAGCAGCAUCGUCCUAGUAUAAUAACCUACGAACCCCAGAGGCGCUCUGGCUUCUAGUCCACCCAGGUCUUGAAUACAUGCAAGGCAGCAACCUUGCUGAAGCUGAAGAGGCCUGGGUCUGGUCAGCACCUGUGUAGGAAAGUACCUGCCCUGAGUUGCCUUGCUGUGGAACAAAUGGUAGUGGAGAGCUUUUCGCUGAAUGUCAUGCUGGUCAAAUAUUUUGUUGCUCAUCAGAAUUGCUAUGCACCCAAAUGAACUUCAGGGUAUGUGUGUGCAUGGUUUUUGCAUCUUAGUUAUUAAUAGUUUUUAUUAAGUUUUCUGUUUUACAAUUUAAGAUACUCAUUUUACAUCCUUAAGAAAUCAAUGAUUUCCCUUCUUCUCUUUCCAUGGUUCAUUUUGCUUAUCUUAUACCCCUGCAUAUUUUACAAAAAACUAUACCAAUCGGUUUUCCAUUAUUCCAUUAUUUACACUGUUGAAUUUAUCUUAAUGCUGCUGGCGUUUUCAGCUGUACACAAUUAUUUUCCAUAUAUUCAAUAAACGUUUUCCAGUCUUCUUUAAACAUAUGUUAUUAUUCUCUUAUUCUAUGCAUUAAAUCUGCGAGUUGUGCAUAUUCUGUCAACUUAAGUUGCCAUUCUUCUUUAGUUGGGACCUUGCUCG